CAAUGCGCGAGACCUCACAGUCUUGCGCGUUGCGGUUGGUUCGCAUCAACUGUCUGUCAACCAAUAGGAGGCAUUCACACAAAAAGGUGCGGAGUUAGAAUGAAAUUUGAGAUGAAUGUAAAAGAUAUACAACUUUACGUCAAGUGAUUCUACAAAAUCUUGCUAACAAUCUGUCCUAUGUUGCCAUCAAAUUCUACGAGCAUUUUUUCUCAAAAAAGGAUCUAAGGAUUUCUAUUUUGUUCUCCAGUUUGCUCGGAUAGUAUCGACAAUAUCAUCAAUGGAGAACAAGCUGUUUAAUCUUGAUGUUUUUGUCAGUAAUAUUCAAUAAAAGAAAUAUUCAGAAUAGUUCUGUUACUUUGUAAAUCUGUGAUAUAUUUUUACAUUUGAAAAUAACUUCUUUGCAUUAUAACUAUGGAUCAGACAAGUGAAGAUUCGAACUCGUCCGUCGGGAGUUACCGCGAGCGAAACAGUCCGCUCAACUUUUCAAAAUCACAGUGUCAGAUGUCGACAAAAGCGUCGGCAUUUUCAAUUGACGCUUUAAUUGGCAAAAGAACUCUUGCACAGAUGCAAUCUUGUGGUUUUCCGUCGGCAAAUAGUCCCGACGAAGAACAUGAAGACUGUGAUUCAUCAAAACGGACGUGUUGUGAUUCACCGCCGGCAAAACGUGUCCGACAUUCCGACGGGAUUCCGUUAGCUCCUCUAGAACGCCUUGUAGAAUCGGCAACGUCAUUAAGUUCCCAAAAGCCCCAAAAUUCCGAGGAAUUGUCAAGCCCGAAAAAAGGGGAUACACCCACUCCAACCUUCACUACAAAAGUCGAGAACGAGCCAGACGCCGAGGACAUUGAAGUCGUCAGCCCGACCGCGACGCCGCCGUGCUGCAAGGAACUCGCAGACGUGGAGUGCCGUCUGGAAACAAAAGAUUUAUGGGACAAAUUUCACGAGCUCGGCACGGAGAUGAUUAUAACAAAAACUGGCAGACGUAUGUUUCCAACAGUUCGUGUGUCCUUCACUGGCCUGGAUCCAGAUACCAAAUACAGUGUCCUAAUGGAUAUUGUCCCGGUUGACAACAAAAGGUACCGUUAUGCCUAUCACAGAUCUUCCUGGUUGGUUGCAGGAAAAGCUGACCCGCCAUUACCAACAAGAUUCUAUGUGCACCCAGACUCACCGUAUUCCGGAGAACAACUUGUAAAACAGACUGUAUCGUUUGAGAAACUCAAACUUACCAAUAACAUGCUUGAUAAAAAUAGCCAGAUUAUUUUGAACUCGAUGCACAAAUAUCAGCCACGUAUACAUAUAGUGAAGAAGAAAGACAGCACACCAAACCUCCCAUCCAUAACUACUCUUGAAGCUGAAGAAUUUAAAACGUUUAUAUUCCCAGAAACCACAUUCAUCGCUGUAACAGCAUAUCAAAAUCAGCUGAUUACCAAAUUAAAGAUAGACAGUAAUCCAUUUGCAAAGGGAUUUAGGGACUCGACACGGCUUACCGAGUUUGAUUCUUUCUAUCCAUCAAGAGAAAGCAUGGAGAGUUUGAUGCAACAACACACAUACGCAAGAUCCCCUCUGAGAGCGUACACUGAGGCUGAAAUUGAGGAAUCGCUCAAACAACAUAGAGAAUUGUAUGCAAGAGAAGAUCAAGCUUCUUUGGAAAAGCAGGGUAUGAUGACGUCACCAUGGUCAAUGUGGCGUCCUAUUCCUACGUCACUUCUGGGUGGCGCCCCAUAUCCACCAACAGAUCGUUCCUUGUAUACAUUAUAUGGCGGACUUUUCGGACUGAAUAAUUCUAACUUUGUAUUUCCUGCACUGGGACUUCAUCCAUUUAUGGCCGCAAAUAAUAUAAACAAUAUGAGACUUAGAGAAGGGGUACCAGCUACUUCGGGAUAUAAUUCAGAAAGUAGCCCUGGUGCCCAGCUCCAUUAUCCAACAGCAUUAUAUAGGUAUCAUCCUUAUUUGAACGCUGAAAAACUUUCGGCUCAGAAAUCAACGCCUACGUCAUCAGAAUCUUCACCGACAAUAGACUCUUCUAGACCGUAGUGACAUGCGCGUUGGACAGCGUUUAUAAAUAGUGCAAACAAAGAAAAUGUGAUAGUAAGGCCUCGAUACCAAAGCAGGUGCAGAUUUGGAGACUAAAUUUGGUAGUUUGAGGGAAGCCCCAAGUUUUCAUCUACAUCACCGAUUUCUGUCUGACAUUUACAAAACAUAGACAUUUACUUUUCGCUGAAUUGCAAAGAGCGAACUUUAGUGUAUUUUGGGGGAGUAACCGAUUUCACCGAAUCAUUACUGGAAAAUAGCGCUUCACUAAGUGGAAACAAACGAUUUUACAAAAUAA